AGCCCCAUAAGCGCAACUACAGUAGGAGCUUAACGUUGAACAGAGAGCAGCGUGUUCGCAUCUCAGUGUGUAGUUUAUGAAUAGACAUCGCGAAAUCUCGUUAUCUUUACUUAGAUCCUUAGCAUUCCUUGGUUUUCUGUAAUUCCUGCCUUUAUGAGAUGGAGAAGAGGGCGCUUUGGACAUCCUGUUAUUUUGUGCGCUUUGUAACCCUCUUCCUCUGCGCACGAGCGUCAGUGAAUCUGCCACAGUGUAAAGAGACAGAUUACUACUUUGAGUACACAGAGUGUGACAGCACAGGCUCCAGAUGGAGAGUUGCCAUUCCUCACAGACAGGGGAGCUGCACGGGCCUGCCAGAGCCAGUCAGAGGCACAGACUGCACUUUUUCUUGUGAAGCUGGGGAGUUUUUGGAGAUGUCCUCCCAGCAGUGCACGUCAUGUGCGGCUGGCUCUUAUUCGCUGGGCAGUGGUGUGCGUUUCGAUCAGUGGGAUUCCAUCCCUGCAGGAUUCAGCAGUCUGGCCACAUACAUGGACUCAGGAGGUUCAGGAGACGAAUCAAUGACCUGCAACAAUUCCUCAUGGACAGCUCAGGGAACUCACUUGGAAUCCAAUCGUGACGACUGCACAGUGUCGCUGGUGUACGCGGUGCAUCUCAUGAAGCAGGGAUCCGUCUCCUUCGACUAUCAAUAUGUCGACAGCAACGUCUUCUUCGAGUUCUUUAUUCAGAAUGACCAAUGUCAGGAGAUGGACCAGACAGGGAGUGAGAAAUGGAUCAAACUCACCACCAGCGGAGAAUGGGGAACACAUACGGUAAAUCUGAAGACAGGAACGAAUAUUCUGUAUUGGAGAACCACGGGAAUGCUCUUGGGUGGCAAACCAGUGAAGCCGGUCCUUUUGAAGAACAUCCAGAUCGAAGGUGUGGCGUACACGUCAGAGUGUUUUCCGUGCAGGCCGGGCACCUUCAGUAAAACUCCAGGCUCUUCCACAUGUGACCUUUGUCUCAGGAAUACUUACUCUGGAAAGGGAGCCAGUUCGUGUACACAUUGCUCCGAGAUUCAGUAUUCCCAGGAGGGAUGGUCGCGGUGUAAAGAGAGGCCUCCUUGUUCAGAGAAAGAUUAUUUUCAGAUCCACACGGCCUGUGAUGGUGAAGGCAAGACCCAGAUACUGUACAGGUGGGUGGAGCCUCAAGUGUGUGUGGAGAAUGUGACCGGUGCUGUCACACUGCCACCUUCUGGAGAGAAAGAGGACUGUCCACCCUGUAAUCCAGGCUUCUACAUGCACAACUCUUCUACCUGUUUACCUUGCCCACAAGGGACUUAUUCGGAUGGUACUGCAGAAUGUCAAAGAUGCCCGGGAGGAACUGAACCUUCUUUAGGAUAUGAAUACAAGUGGUGGAACAUCCUCCCGAGGAAUAUGAAAACAUCUUGUUUUAAUGUGGGCAACUCUAAAUGUGAUGAAAUGAAUGGUUGGGAGGUGGCUGGCGACCAUAUUCGUAGUGGAGUGGGUGGCUCAGAUAACGAUUACCUCAUCUUAAAUUUACGAGUGCCUGGAUUCAAACUUCCUACUUCUGUGGACGAUGCUUCAGCUACUGAGUUUGGCCGAAUCACAUUUAUCUUUGAGACCAACUGCAGCGCAGACUGUGAACUCUAUUUCAUGAUAGAUGUAAACAGGAAGAGCACAAAUGUUGUGGAAUCAUGGGUAGGGAGUAAACCUAGACAAGCAUACACCCACAUCAUGACCAAAAAUGCUUCUGUGUCUUACACAUGGGCUUUCCAACGUACCAACAAAGCCAUUGAUAUGCGUCACUAUGUAAAUGACAUCGCAAAGAUCUACUCAAUCACGGUGACAAAUGCGAUGGAUGGCUCAGCGUCUGGUUGCCACGCCUGUGCAAUGAUGAGUCAGCAGGACGGCUCUUCUUGUGUCCCCUGUCCUGCCGGACACUUCAUCAACAAAGACACUAACCAGUGCCAGGAGUGCCCGCCCAACACCUUCAUCUCCGGGCAUCACAUCUAUGGGCUCGAGGCUUGUCAGCCCUGCGGUCCUGGUAGCAAGAGCAACAAGGAACACUCUGUGUGUUUUAACGACUGCACCUUCUCGCAUAUGGAUCAGAACCGAACCUUCACCUACGACUUGAGUGCCUUAAAUUCAGUGGGGUCAAUCAUGAACGGGCCUAGUUUCACCUCCAAGGGAACCAAAUACUACCACCAGUUUAAUAUCAGUCUAUGUGGGGCUGAGGGGAAGAAGGUGGCGGUAUGCACUGACAAUGUCACAGAUCUGUCUAGUAAGGACAUGCAAAAUGAAUCCGCUGACCUCAACAAUUUUGUUGAGACGUUUGUGUGCCAAUCUACCAUCAUUCCUGCAGAUGGGCGGGGCUUCAGAACAGCCCUGUCGUCUCAGUCCAUCAGCCUGGCUGACACUUUCCUUGGAGCUUCUGUUGAGAACAGUCUGGAUGGGGUCACUGCCAGCACAGACCUCUUCUCGGAGUCGUCACGGAAAGUUCCAGAUAUCAACUUCUUCUAUCGCUCUCCGCAGCCCACAGCAUCCUGUCUGAAUGGCCGUAGCACAGUCGUGACUUUGCGUUGCAGUCCUGAAAAGAGCCCACGUGGAGAGCUCACUGUGCCAAGCAAGUGCCCAGCAGGUACAUGUAAUGGCUGUGAGUUUCAUUUCCUCUGGGAGAGCUCUAGUGCUUGUCCUCUCUGCACUGAAGCUGACUAUCACUCAAUAGAAGGAGCGUGCAAAGGAGGAGUGCAGGACACCCUCUAUGUGUGGAACGAGCCAAAACUCUGCACUAAAGGAGUUCCGCUCCUGAACAAGACCUCUGCCCACUGUGAGGUGGUCGGCCAAUGGGUGAAGGCCGGAAUUGGGGGCGGAGCCUUCAUGGCCGCCCUCUUGGUUUCUCUCACAUGCUAUUUCUGGAAAAAGAACAAGAGGCUCGAAUAUAAAUACUCCAGACUAGUGAUGUCAGCCAAUAAGGACUGUGAGUUGCCAGCAGCGGACAGUUGUGCACUAGCAGAGGGAGAGGGGGAGGAGAAUGAUGACGAUGUCGUUUACUCAAAUACUCCUUCGUUACUGGGUAAACUGAAAGCUAUCGCGAGCAAGGCAGAUGGAGACAACAGUGAGUCAGUACAGCUGAAGUCUUCUCAGUCAGAGAGAUGGGUUUGGGGAUAACUGGAGAAAAAGAGGACCACUACUGAUGGAGAAAAAGAGACAAAUACUCAUGGAGUUUUCGGUUUUCAGUUUCUCAAUAUUUACAGCCAUCCCCCGUCAAAAGUCCCAGAACAUAUCUCUGUAGGGAUGCAAUGUUUUGUGAGACAAAAAGCAGGAAAUCUCUCUCUCUCUCUCAAAAAUUAAACUAAACCCUAUAAAGUAACUGCGUCGCAUAUAUAUUUAUAUAUACUGCUAGGACAUGUCAAAAGCAAAUAUACCACAAGGCAUUGCUCUCUGAAACACAUCACAAUAUACCACACAUCCAUCCAAGCACGGGGCAUCAGAGAUACACAUUUGAAUCAGGUGUGUGUGUGUGUGUGUGAACAAUUGAAACCAAUGAAACUAUAUGUUUGCAUGUAUGCGAAUAAGAAUAUGUUUGAGAGAAUAAGUUAUCUGUUUCACACACUAGCAUUCACACACACACAACUAUAUCCAGUGUUUGGCCAACAGAUGGAGACAGAGACUAAUCACCAAACAACAGCUUUAGUUUGAUCUCAAUGCCAAACAUCACACAGCAGAUCUAAGAGUCAACAAAGGCCCUUCCUUCAUGUAUUACAGAGAGGUCCACCCUGUCUCCACAUCUCCCUUCUAAGGAGAACAAGAGACAAUACAGUUUUCUACUUUGUAUUUUGUAUUGUUGUGUAUUUUGAGCUGUAUAAAGUUGUUAUAAUAUAUGUUUUGUUUUACUCCCUAAUUUCGUUUAUGCUUUAAUAAAAUUGAAGAGUGCUUUAAACGUGAAGCAAGUGUGUACAGAAACGCGCUCCAGACUACCAGCUACCAGAACCAUUUCACUAGAAGAUCCUUUAAAUAAAUAAAUAAAGGUCCACGGUCUAUGAACCAGCAAGGAUAUGUAUCAUUGAAAAACAGGAUGUGACUCACAGUAGCUCAUUCCUUGUUUACCUAAUUGAAAAUCCACAAGUUUGAGAAAGAGAUCAAUUAUCUGGACAUCCCAUGGUGUGAGAGUUACUAGACAACCAAUAGACAAAUACAGUUUGCACUCAGGCAUAAAAAAACCCAUCAAACUGGCCACUGACAUUCAUUCAUUUAACAUGUUUACACAAUGUAUUUACAUUUACAUAAUUAUUAUUCAGCUUUGCUAGUGCUUAACUGUAAUGUAUGCUGGAAUAUGCAUAAUUAAUAAAAAAAUGAAUAAUGUUUUUCCUUUUUUGGAGGCAGAUAUUUUGGAAUAUAUUUAUGUCAGACAAGUACAGUUUAUUUAAAACAUUUUUAUUUUAAAUAAUAUGUUGGUUAAACAGUAAUGCAGAUAUAUCACAUGGUAAUAAAUUAUCCAGAUUCCAGAUAAUUCAAUACUUUGUAAUGAUGCAGCUAUUUAAUCUGUGGAUUAAAAUAUACCUUUAGACCUCAAAAACUGAUUACGAGUAGGGACGUAUUUUAGGAAAAUGACAGAAACAGCUCGCCGAGG